CGAAGUCAUCAGUUUUGUAGAGCUUGAAAUUCUCUAUCUUUUGAUAUUCAGGGCAUUUUUUUCAUAAAUGAAAAAUGAGAGAAAAAUGCAUCAGAAUUUAGUGCAAUUUAUCUUGGAUCACCCGUUAAUUUGACAAGUAUUAGUGGAAAAGGCUAAAAAAAUUCUGAACUUUUGUAUUUAGUUAUCGGGACGAACAAUCAAAUGUAGCUUAGCAAAAGAUAACGGACGUGCAGCUGAAUUUAUACGUAAACGCGUCUAUAGUGAUAAAACGAAAUGCUAUGAAUGUGGAGAAAUGGGUCAUUUGAGUUAUUCUUGUCCAAAAAAUUCACUUGGAGCUAGACAACCACCAUCGAAGAAAAAAUCAAAGAAAAAAAUCCAGAAGCAACAGCAACCACAACAAUCUUCCCAGUUAGAAGAGAACAAAAAAGCCAACAUGUUUUUGGAUGAUAGUGACAUUGAUGAAGAUCCUGCGCUAGAUACGUUGGCAUCGGCAAUUGCCUAUCAGCAAAAUUUGACAUCAAAUGACACAUCAUCAAAUCAAACAACACAUAAACGUUAUCGUCAAAGUACAUAUUUUAGUGAUGAAGAAGAUGUUUUGGAUUGA